CGAAUCGGGCGUGUGCAUCCACGUAUAUGAAGGCUGGAUCUUGCGAUGAACCACUGAGGGUCUCGAGGCAUCCUUACCACACCAGAUACUACAGUGGAGUUUCAUGUGCUGAGUACAGAAAGGACAUAAAACAUCACAAUGAGCUCAUCUAAAGAAUAUAUGAAUGGCUAUGUCCACCUGGAAGAAUCGGACAUGUAUGAGUCAGAUGGCAAGCUGUUUCUUACUGAGGCUUUCAGUGUGAUUAUGGAGGAGAUACUUCACAAAGGAACUGACUUGAAGGAGAAGGUGUGUGAGUGGAAAGAUCCCGAUCAGCUGAGAGCUCUUCUGGACCUUGAUCUCAGAGAGCAUGGAGAAUCUCACAAGCAGUUACUGCAGAGGGUUCGAGAUGUGGCCAGAUACAGUGUUAAAACCUGUCAUCCUCGGUUCUUCAAUCAGCUGUUUGCUGGUGUGGACUACCAUGCAUUGACAGGACGGCUCCUCACUGAAUCCCUCAACACCAGCCAAUACACUUAUGAAGUGGCUCCGGUGUUUGUCCUGAUGGAGGAGGAGGUGCUCUGCAAGCUUCGCUCUCUGGUUGGCUGGUCGGAAGGAGACGGGAUAUUUUGUCCUGGGGGUUCAAUGUCCAACAUGUAUGCCAUGAACGCUGCACGGUACUGGGCCUUCCCUCAAGUGAAGACACAAGGCUUGUGGGCCACACCACGAAUGGCUAUAUUUACAUCACAACAGAGUCAUUACUCAAUGAAAAAAGCAGCUGCUUUCCUUGGUAUUGGAACGGACAACAUUUUCAUUGUAAAAGUGGAUGAAAGUGGCAGCAUGAUACCAGAGGACCUGGAGGCACAAAUCGUGCAGGCAAAAUCACAAGAUGCUGUCCCAUUUUUUGUUAAUGCCACAGCGGGUACCACAGUGCAGGGUGCCUUUGAUCCUCUGACCCGCAUAGCUGACAUAAGUGAAAGAAACGGCAUGUGGAUGCACGUUGAUGCCGCUUGGGGAGGAAGCGUGCUGUUUUCCAAAAAACAUAAACAUCUGGUUGCAGGAAUAGAAAGAGCAAACUCUGUGACUUGGAACCCUCACAAAAUGCUUCUGGCGGGAUUGCAGUGCUCUGUGGUUUUGUUCAGAGAUACCACGAAUCUGUUAAUGCACUGUCACAGUGCCAAGGCAACCUACUUAUUCCAGCAAGACAAGUUCUACGAUACAAGUCUAGACACGGGAGACAAAUCCAUCCAGUGUGGCCGCAAGGUGGAUUGUUUGAAGCUGUGGUUGAUGUGGAAGGCAAUAGGAACACAUGGUCUUUCAGAGCGAGUGGAGAAGGCCUUUGCCCUCGCAAGGUAUUUAGUUGAAGAAAUGGAGAAGAGGGACAAUUUCAAGUUGGUUUGUAAGGGGCCUUUUGUGAACGUUUGUUUCUGGUUCAUUCCACCCAGUCUGAGAGGGAAGGAGAACAGUGCAGACUACCAGGAAAGGUUAUCAAAGGUGGCGCCAGUCAUCAAAGAGAGAAUGAUGAAGCGUGGCACGAUGAUGGUGGGAUACCAGCCCAUGGAUGAACACGUCAACUUCUUCCGUAUGGUUGUGGUUUCUCCUCAGCUGACCACCAAGGACAUGGAUUUCUUCCUUGAUGAGAUAGAGGAACUAGGAAAGGACCUGUAGUUUGUUUCAAUAUCUAUGCUCUACCAAUAGACUAUGUCACAUUAUUUCCCCCCUUAACUUAUCAUGUUUAAAGUUGCAAUUUUCUAAAGGUUGCUAAAAUGUCGACUUAUAAGCGGUACAUAAUACUGACUUCAAUGAGAAAGCUCGCAAAAAAAUAUAUGCAUCUACAGAGGUCAUGAAGUGAAUGAAUCUCAUAGAUUCUGGCCGACCUAAGUAUUGAUUUCAUUUAGAAAACCUAAUUUUAGGUAGCCUAUUAGGGCCUUUACUAAUGAGUCUGAUUAUAUAAAUCAUGUGUAUUAAAUAAGGCCGACAUCCAAGAUCUGCACUGUAGAGGCCUCCAGAACCAGGAUUGAGACGCACUGUGUCUGUACAUGUGAUGUCAGCAAACCUGAAUGUGCAAAAUGAUUGAUUCACAGUUGGAAAGUGUUUCUGAUUGGCUAAAGCAUGGGCUGUUCCCCUUACUCUCUCUCUCUCUCACUCUCUCACACACGCUCUUUCUCUCUCUCUUUUCUAUCAGAGUCAAGGGCUUUCACAGAAACAGGAGUGAUUUUUUUGUAGCACACUUGUUUCAGUGAUGUCUGUUAAUAAGGUGAUUUUAUGUGUACUGUUCAAAAAUAGCUUUAAAUUUAAGUACUCACAAGAUUUUUUUUUUUCUGGUGUCCAUAAUUUAAUAAGGAUAUUGUAUAAGUUAGUUAAUAGUAUAGUGACUUGAUUGUAUUAAAUGCAUUGUCUGCAUAAUUUUGCUUUAGUCUCCUUUAUAAAGGAGAAUUACCCAAACAAUAGGUCAAUAUACAUAGGCUCAACAUGUCCCUUGAAGCUGAAAGCUUAAUUUGUUGUCACUUGUUUUACUUUCUAUUGAAAUUUGUAAAUUAAAACGUCAAUGUUUGUCACUAAAACCUUUAUAUUAGAAAGGGUAUAAUUAUAUUUCCUCGUUUCCAAAUAUCAAAUAAAGGUUACUUUUUGCAAGCACCACAACAUUUGACAUUUUAAUAAAAUAAAUUCCCUCAUUGA